UCUGUGAGCGGCAGGGAGUCAGUAAAAAGAAGUCAAAAGGAACAAGAGCCUCAUUACCUGAUCGGUGUCAGCCUGAGAAGGAAGGUGUUAGACCAUCGGCAACCAUGAAGCUGCUACAGGAAGCAACAAACAAUAAAAAGUUAAUAAAAUCUCAGGUGGAGAAACGUCGAAGGGAGAGAAUGAACCGCAGUUUGGAGUGUCUGAGGACCAUGUUGCUGCAGGAGCCACAAGAAGGGUCCACUCAGCACCGAGUGGAGAAAGCUGAGAUACUAGAGCACACAGUCCUCUUCCUCCAGAACACUGCCAAAGGAGACAAGACUACAGGUGGAGGUGGGGACCAGAAACGCUCCUUCCAGGACGGUUUCUGCACUUGCCUGCAGAGAGCUGCGGGGUUUCUGGGCCCCGAGGGGAAAGGGUCGGAGCUCGGAUCGGCGCUGGAUGCAGCUUUCGCCGCACGUUUGGCCCGUUCAGACUCACAGCCCGAAGGUCUCCAAAGCAGAAACUUUGUGCCACACGCAAAGUUUAUUCUGCGGAUGCUGAGGCAGAAGUCCAAGCUCAGACUGCCGGCACGUGCCUCCGGGGAGAAACGUUUGAUCCGACCUUACCCACUCCCACUCCAACAAAGGUUUCCCAGAGUCCCCAAACAGCCUCAGAAACAAAGAGAGUCUGAGAUCAGAGCGGAGAGAGGAGCGACCAAACAGAGCUCAUCCCAGAGCUCCCCGUCCAGCCAGACUUUGUGGAGACCUUGGCCCUGAUCAACAGGAAGUGACUUCAGAACUAUCAAUGACUAUGAACUAUUUAACAAAAACACUCAAAAAUAUUUAAUAUUGAUUGUUGGUAUCUAUUUGAUGUAACUGAAAGGGAUGGGUGUUGUAGUCUUAUAAAGACUCAUAACCUCAGAUCCUGUAAAUAAUGUAGCUAAAUGUAUGUUUUGUACCUGCGCUGUAUGUAUGAUAGGGUUAACUCACUGUUUUAAAUACUUUUCAAUGAGCUCUGUCAGUGGGGCAUCCAUUUAAUCUGCUUACACAGGGACUACCGCGGGACACAGGUGAGCUGGAUUAGCCCAGCGGUCCAGCUGGGAUUGCUGCGCUGAGUGAAGAGGUGUGCUGUGCUGUGACUGAGUGUCCAUCCAUCACAUUUCCAGGUGUGGAAGCUCAGGGUCUGAGGCUGAGAGACCCACGCAGCUCCUCAUAUUCACCUCUCUGCUGGCGCGAGCGACAUCUGUGUCUCUGUGUACAAUAUCACUUGUAUUCAAUCUGACGUUAAAUCUUGUCUUUUUUGCACAAUAAUUUAUUCUGGAUGUCUCCCUAUGGUGAGCUGUACUCUUUAU